UCUAGUGCAAGAUGGCGUCCGCUGGAGUUGGGGCCUCAACACCGGAGGAUGGAGGCGACGGCGAGGCCACACCACCCAGUGUUCCGGAGCCGAUGGCUGGGGAAGCUGCGGGGUCAGCUGAGCAGGGAACAGGGGACUCGGAGACCGGGGGUGAUGCAUCUCUAGCUGAUGUCACUGCUACCCUGGAAACAGAAUCAUCCAGUGGAAAGGAUGCCUUGGAAGGUGUGGGUGAUGGUUCUGAAGUCAUGGAUAACCAGACUAGCUCUGUGGAUGAGGAUAAUGGAAGACAACUUGGAGAGAUUGAACUGCAAUGUGGGAUUUGCACCAAGUGGUUCACCGCAGAAACAUUUGGCAUUGAUACCACAUCCUGCCUUCCCUUUAUGACUAACUACAGCUUCCAUUGCAACAUUUGCCAUCACAGUGGGAAUACAUACUUCUUAAGAAAACAAGCAAAUUUAAAAGAAAUGUGUCUUAGUGCCUUGGCAAAUCUGACUUGGCAAUCCAGGACGCAAGACGAACACCCCAAAACCAUGUUCUCAAAAGACAAGGAUAUUAUACCUUUUAUUGAUAAGUACUGGGAAUGUAUGACAACAAGGCAAAGACCAGGAAAAAUGACUUGGCCAAACAAUAUUGUAAAAACAAUGUGUAAAGAAAGAGAUGUGUUUUUGGUGAAAGAGCAUCCGGAUCCAGGUAGCAAAGAUCCGGAAGAAGAUUACCCCAAAUUUGGACUCUUAGACCAGGACCUUGCUAAUAUUGGUCCUGCAUAUGAUAACCAAAAACAGAGCAACACUGUAGCUACUCCCGGAAGUCUAAACGGUGGAGCCUCUUUGGGAGGGGGUCUUGUGCCAGGAACCAGUGGGAAAGGAAGGGGGGCCAAACGCAAGCAGCAAGAGGGAGGAACUACAGGAACAGCCAAGAAAACGCGGAGUGAUCCUCUGUUCUCUGCUCAGCGCCUUCCACCCCAUGGCUAUCCGCUGGAGCACCCUUUUAAUAAGGAUGGGUACCGUUACAUUUUGGCAGAGCCAGACCCCCAUGCUCCUGACCCAGAGAAGUUGGAGCUAGAUUGCUGGGCGGGAAAGCCUAUCCCUGGAGAUCUCUACAGAGCCUGCCUCUACGAACGGGUCCUCCUAGCUCUGCAUGACCGAGGUACCGAUCUCAUUGGACGUUUCCCGCACUCGGUGACCAGGCAUGGCUACGAAGCCGUGAACUGUGCAAAACUAGAUUCUUAA